AUGAGCCGCGCCGACAAGCGGCUGCACCGGGACCACGUCGUGGGCACGUCGAAAGACGCCGCGGUGCGCCUCUACGCCUUUGCCAACACGCGGCCGGGGUACCAGGUGGUGUUUGCCCCCGAGCAGCCCGUCAUUGUGCUCAAGACGCGGAAGGGGGCCGAGCAGCAGCACCCAUGCAGCCAGUGGGCCCCGCUCGCCGCGCACCUGUUUUCGCAGCGGCCCAACACUACACAUGCCAUGUACGUCGCCGACACCACCGCGCUGCCGGAGGCGAUGGAGCAGGGGGAGCGAGUCACGCCUACGGUCGGCCCCGUCGUCAAGCGCCUCUCGAAUGUGCUGGCAAAACUCAACGCACAUGAGGCGACGAUGGUCGCCGCGGGCGUGUCCGCCCCGCUUGCCUUCAAGUACGUCAUCAUGGGGGAGAAGAUGCUUGGGCACGCAGAUCGCCUCGUGCGUCGCCUCAUUCUUCUUUGUCCCGAGUCUGUCCGGCCAUUUCGGCAGCUUGCGAAGGAUGCAAGCAAGCGAGCCCCUGCGGGGGAGUACCCAAAGCCGCAGUUGGUGGUGUUGACGUCGAAUGCGGCCCAAGCAAAGGAAUGGCAGGAGUGGCUCCAGGGUUCCGCGACGGACGCGAGCGGUGAGGUUUUAUCCCUGCUUGACUCGUGGUCCAUUUCAACAAACCUUAAGCCCUCACUUUUUGAGGCUGUGGCUAGAGAGGCGGGCAGCAGCGCGGACGGCACGACAGUGAACUUGGAGACACAUUUCAGCGCACCACGUGUGUUUCGCAUUGACUUUGUGUUGAGCAAGGAGACGAAGAAGACAGAGCAGCGGGUCACUCUCAGCCCGCUGACCACCACCGGAUGCGACAACGACGACGGCGCAGCAGCCGGUUCCGAGUUGGAUGAGGAGGAGGAGGAGGAGGAGGAAGGCGGGGCCGCAAGCGAGGGGAGCGAGGGACCCUGCUCGGCGGGGUGCCACUGCCCCACUGAAGCCAGCACCGUGUUUGGGAUCACGGCGCUGCAGCACUGCAGACACCCGACGCGGGUGAUGUUGGAGGGUCGCGUCAUGGACGCCGCCGCAGGUAUUUUGGGCACCACGCAGGGUCGAGUGGUGGUGCAUCGCCUUGCGGAGGCUGCGCGAUUGGGUGCCGCCGGGUUGAAGGGAUUGGAGUUAAAAAAGGGCUUGGCAGUUCGCGUGGAGACAAGCCUGGAGCGUGAUGAAGCCGGGAGGACGACGCUGAAGGCACUUGGGCUGACACCACUCACGAGAAUGCAAGAAAAACGAUCCAUGACAGUUUGCGCGAUGGCGGAGGUGCCAAGCUACAACGUUUCCACUACCGCCCACGCCUAUGGGGCGCUUCUUGUGCGAGGGCGCAAGUGCGUCCUUGUACGUAGUCUUUCCGGGGAGUUUGGCGGCAUGCGGCUGCCAUUUCUCCUACACGACGACGCGGAGGAAUCGGCCAUGGACUGCGCUGUGCGGGCGCUAUGCGAGCAGUGUGACAUCAGCCCUGACAACUUUUACAUCCCGAGCUGCAUCCCACCCGUGUGCUACUACGACCGCAGCGGUGAUGAUGGGUCUAGCGUCGUCUGCGUGACCGUGUACGUUGCGUUGGCUCUUACUGCGCCGUCUGGCGCUGCCAGGGACGCCGUGGAGGACGAGGAGUCUCCGGACGAGCCGUACGACUGGUUCGGGUACGCCAAGGCAACCCGCCUGCUGCGGACCGAGCCCGAGCGGGGGGCACUUGAGGAUCUGCAACGCUGCCUGCGCCGGGCGCACGACGCUGGCGUGUACGCGCCGCUGAAAGGAUUUGGCGUCUUUGGCGACGACGUGGCGGUUGCGACGCGCCAUUCCAGCGCGCCGCCGUCCGGGUCGUUGGCGGGGCUGGAGCUGAUGCUCGUUUGUGCGCCUGGCGAUACCGAGGGACGCGCCACGCAGCUUGCGAAGCAACUCAUGACGGAGUUUGUUCUGAGCGUCACGCCGUCAACGCCGCGCGAGGAGGUUGAGCAGGCCGCCCUCGCCGCUCUGCGUGCGGGGGCGCACGUUCUCGUUCUCUGCCUCUCUUCCGACGUCGACGUCAAUGUCUUCUCCGAGGAGGAGCUGACACACUGGUCAGCGCGCGGUGCACGACCGCGAGUUCUGACACUGCUGCUUCCAGGCGUGAGCGAGGCAAUCGUGGGGCAACGCGACGCGGCCGCCGCGGCGGCAUUUGUGUACGGUGCGAUGUUGUCGGACGUGCUGUUGACGCUCGACACGGACAUGGAGGAAUUUUCCCCCCCAACCUGGGGAAUGCUGCGCCUGGCAAGCCAGUUGAACACUGACCUUGCGCUUUACUGUGGCUUGACGGCUCGCCGACCGAUCAGUUUCCCGCCGCGGGCGACGAUGACGGCGGCAAAUGUUUCGACCUCGUCAGAGGCGUCACUUCGUGAGAUUACUCUUCGUCGCGUGGGGCGGCCUCUCAUAGCGGCGCGUCUUGCACCGCUGCUGGAGGCGGGUGCACUGCGGGGCUGCUGCCGACAGGCCACAAUUCUGUGGGCGCAGGGCGAGGUCUGGUUGGCGAGUCGUCCCCACGCAAGGGGCGCCUUGACGCUUGACGCCCGCUCCUGCUGCUUUGCGCUGGACGAAGGCGAGCCCUGGCAGGCGCACGAGGCGGCGGCGGCGCGCGAGAAUGUGAUUCUUCUGCACGUGUGGGCAACGCCUGCGGCGCUGCGGGAGUUGGAGGGGGCGCUGGGGGAGAUGCUGGACGGCAUGCUCGGCCGCGCCACGCCGCCCGCGUCGGAGGCCGCCGGCGAGGACGGUCUCCCCCCAUGGGACUGA